AUGGUUGAUUUCACCCUUUCUGAAUCUGAGCAGCAAAUAAGGGCAGCAGCGCGCACUUUCGCCUCCGCCCAUCUUGCUAGUGCUAAAGCCAUCUACUCCAAGUUGUCAACGCCCGAAGAGCGAUUCCAGGCUCUCCAACCCAUCUACGAGGCUGCAGUCAAGGCCGGUCUCAUCAAAGGCCAAGUACCAGCCGCAGUCGGGGGUAACAGUACCAGCUUAGUGGAAGCGGCCAUUCUGGUAGAGGAGUUUUAUGCGGUUGAAGCGUCCGCCUCCUUGACAAUCUUCGGCACAGGACUGGGCCUCACCCCUCUGGCGCUGGCGUAUCGGCCCUCCGUCCACAAAUUCUUGGACCCUUUCCUCUCGGGUGAAGGUUCACCGCUUGCAUCAUUGGUCUUCUCGGAGCCUGCUGGAGUGGCAAAUUGGCUAGAGCCUGGAGCGACCGGCCUACAGACGACUGCUCGCCGCGAGGGAGAUGAGUGGAUUCUGAAUGGAGAGAAGAUGUGGGCAACAAAUUCUGCAGGUUGGGACUUCAAAGGCGCCGAUCUGAGUUGCGUGGUGUGCCGGUGCGUCAACGAAGAGGUGGUUGCGCAGGCGACCCAUCCGCGCGAUCUCAUCAUGAUCGUACUGGUCACGCGGCAGGAUAUUGAGCGCAAUGAACGAGAAUGCUUUCAGAUCUUAAAACAUCUCGAGACCGCGGGACACGCUGCUGUAUCUGGGCCUCAUCUCAAGUAUACGAAUCUACGAGUUCCAGCCGAGAAUAUCCUAUGUGCUCCCGGAACGGGCGCCCCUAUUGUGACGCACUCCUUCGACAUCUCUGCAAUGCUCGUGGGUGCAAUGGGUGUAGGCAUUCAACGAGCAGUCUUUGACGCAGCACUGGCAUUCUCACGCGACCCUCGCGGAGGCACCGUGCCCAUCGGUCAGCGUCAAUCGGUGGCCGAUCUCCUGAUAAAUAUCAAAAUGCGCACUGAAACGUCACGAUAUCUGACAUGGAAAGCGGCGCAUUGCUUAGCGUCGGAUCAGGGCGAGUAUGCUCAGCGGCGGGAGCCGGCGCUGCUAGCAAAGAUAUACUGCUCAGAUGCGUCAGUGCAGUCAUGUACAGAUGCUAUCAAUGCAGUGGGCAUAUCCGCAUAUAACCUCGAGAUGCCCUUCGCGGAGUUGCUCUCCACAGCCAUUGUUCUGCCCAUCUUCGAUGGGGGAAAUAUCGGCAUCCGUAGAAGGGCGUUGCAGGAGCUGUUCAUGGCGGAAGGGUAUCAGCGAUGGGAAACAAGCUUCGGAAUUCAUGAGAAUCAAUGA